AUGAUACCUCUGUCAGCUCGUUCGCAGCGAGUAGUGAGGCAAUUUCAACUCACCCAAUGGCUCCGUCCGUGUCGUCCCUCAAUUUCCCAUACACGGCGCACUUUUGUUGCGUCAACCUCGCAGCGUCGAGAUGUGGAUGAGACGAACAACGGCCAUGCUCUGGAUGCGCCAUUGAACAAGAUCACCAAGGUGCAGAAGUUCGGCAAGCCUGAGAGAAAGGGGGGUAAGCUGUCAAUAAAAUCAGAAAACGAGGACGAGACUCAGGGCAAGACCAAGCCCAAGUCGAGGUUGGCCGCUCUUAAGAAACGCAACAAGGGCGGCAGUGAUGAAGUUGGAGAUUCUGCAGAAACGGCGCAGCGUUAUAUUCUGGGCUACCCCGCCGACGAACCCAUCCGCACACGCUUUGCACCCUCUCCCACGGGCUAUCUUCAUUUGGGGUCGUUGAGGACUGCGCUAUUCAACAACCUAGUGUCCAAGGCGACCAAGGGCGGCCAGUUCAUCAUUCGUAUUGAAGAUACCGACCAGAACCGUCUAGUACCGGACGCUGAGGAGCGUAUCUUCAAGGACCUUGAAUGGGCUGGUCUGUCAUGGGACGAAGGGCCCGACAAAGACGGCCCCUAUGGCCCAUACCGACAAUCUGAACGCCUCGACACAUACCACGAGCACACCAAGACGCUCCUGGACAACGGCUCCGCCUACCGCUGCUUCUGCACCGCCGACCACCUCGAGGCCCAGAAGCGCGCCCUCCACGAUUCCGGCAAGCCCACCGCGUAUCCGGGCACCUGCCGCACCAUCCCCCGCGCCGAAUCCGACUCCCGUGCCGCGGCUGGGGAAGCUCACGUCGUGCGCCUCAACUCGGGCCUCUUCGGCACACCCAAGUUCAAGGACGCCAUCUACGGGCCGUUUCAGAAGAAGGAGCCUGAGGAGGACUUUGUGCUGAUGAAGACGGACGGGUAUCCGACGUAUCAUCUUGCUAAUGUCGUUGAUGACCAUCUCAUGAAAAUUACGCACGUUAUUCGCGGAGAGGAAUGGCUCAUCUCUACGCCUAAGCACCUAGCCCUCUACGAAGCCUUCGGAUGGGAGCCCCCGACCUUCUCACAUCUCGGCCUCCUUGUGAACAACGAUGGCUCCAAGCUCAGCAAGCGGCACGAUAGCGUCAACCUCUCCACCUACCAGGAUCAGAACAUCUUCCCCAUCGCCCUGCAGGCUUGGCUUGCCAACCUUGGCGCCUCCUUUAAGAGGGGGCAUGCCACUCCGCGCUUCCUCGACGACGUCGCUGAAGCUUUGACCUUCAAGUUCACCCGUGGCGGUAUCAAGCUCAACCCCCAAAAGCUCGACCAUUUCCAGUGGGAAUACCGCAACCACCUCUUCAAAACGCCCCCUAAAGACCACACGCCCCUUGAACAAGCCCUCAUCCGGGACAACCUCCUCGACCCGCUCAUCUCCGAAGUCCAGUCCAUCACCAACGACCCAACCGCGUAUCCUAUCCUCCCCCGCGGCACAUCCCUCCCCUGGCCACAGCCCCCAACCCUCGUCCCAGCCAUGCUCUCCCCCGGGCCCGUAGCCCAGGCCUACGUCUUCGAGGCCCUCGCCCACGAGACGGCGCGCUACCGGUCUGCCAGCGAAGUUGCCCGUCUACUGCCCUACUUCUUCUGGCGUCCGCCCCCAACUGCCUACCGCGCAGCCCUAGCCGCCGCGCCGAUCCAACGGACUCUAUUCGACGCCAUAGACAAGGCGGUUCACGAAUCACCCAGCUGGGCCACGGCUCUUGACCAACUCCUCGAGGGUAUCCCUGCUGACGACGCCACCGCCGUCCACUCUAUGCUACGUAUGAUCGCCAUUGGCUCCUCUGACGCUGUUGGUAAGACCUCCCGCAUCCUCUUCACGGUGGUGGGCCAGGAGGAGUGGCGCAUUCGCACAUCUGUUGUCCGUAGCCUGCUCAACGAACUAGAGCAGGGCGGCCCCGAGGUUCGUCAGCGAUGGCUUAAUGAGGCCCCUAAGGCGGUGCAGGAGAGCUAG